AUGGGAAAUGCUAAUGCCAAAUUCAUCAUAGAAAGUCUAGUGAAAGAAUUAGAAAAACGAAACUUUAGUUUUGAUAAUAAAGAAAAUAAAGAUCAAUUGAUAAAUUUACUAGAAAACCAAUUGGCAAAAAAUAUGAAGGCAAAAAUAGCUCAUAACCAAACAAAUAGUAUAUCUAACAAAGAGAAUCAUCAUAUUUUCAAAAUGAACAAGUUUCCUCUAAAUUCAGUGCUAUUAGAAGGGUAUUUCUUAGCAGGAAAUAUAAAUAAAAGCGAUAGAUAUAUGGUACAAGAUAUGCACAAUGAACUUGUUCAACAUGCACAAGAAGGUGAAAUUAAAGUAGAUGAAGUACCUAAAGUUGCCACGAUUCAAAACUGGAUUGGUCGUUAUGCACAAAAACACAAGCAAGAGGCUGCGACAAGGAAAUCAAAUUAG